CGCUUAUAGGACAAGCGAAAACAUUUGUAGAGGCAGCAUUUAGGAAAGGCUGAUUUCUAGCAUUUUGAGACAUAUCGACUUCUAUUCGUUAGUAUGUUCGUGUGCGUUUCUUGCGUAAUCUGACAUGACCUUCUGUUGUACGCUUGAAGUCUGAGACAUAGUUUGGGAAGUAGCGUCAAAUCUCUUGCGUCACUGAGACUGUGCUUUACCAAAACUGAGCGUGUGGACCAGGCUAACCCGCCCCCUAACAGACAUUUAAACGCACUAAUUGGACGGUCUUUCUUUUUUUUUUUUUUUGUAAACCAGCGGUCCUUUCUUGGAUCUAACACACCCACGUACAGGUUCCUUUCGGCUCCGUCUGAAUUAGACUGCAGGUAUACUGGGAACUUUGGGAGACUAGUUUUAAAAAUUGCGCGUUACAAUGGCUCUCAUGCUGCUCAUCCUCUUCUCUUUGUCCUGUGUGAUACGCAGUCAAGAGACCACAGAUCCAAUCUCACUGGAUGACUGCUGUAAGGAUGGUAGAGAGAAGGCCACAGAAUCCCAGGACUGCACACGUAUCCCUCUUAUUUCAGAAUCUGCGACCUGCAGAAUAGCCCAGGAACAGUGUUGUGCAGCAGUUCUGGAGGAUAUCACUUGUAAUAAUGCUAUCAGUAUGGCCAAGGACCAGGGCAGCUGUGAUGCUCUCCUUUCUGGAAACACCUGUGAGACAAAAACCGCCAAGGUGUGUUGCGAGUGCUGUUUACUGGGUCGGGAAGCUCAGAAGCAGGGUCUGAGCUGUGACUUUAAACUCAGCUCCCAGUGUGGCUCUGUUUUUCAAUCUUGCUGUAAGGACAAAUCAGGAGAAAGUGACAGCAACUCUUCACAAGACACCACUGGUAUUUUUGAGGAGCAAAUAGCAGGUUCAGGUGAACAGUGCAAAGUUGGGCCUGGGGACUGUGCUCACACCUGUACAGGAAAUAACACCUGCGCCUGCUUUACAGGCUAUAAGCUCAGACCUGAUGGGAAAAACUGUGAAGACAUUAACGAGUGUUUGCUGGGCUCUCAUCACUGCCGUGCCGGUGAAGUCUGUAUCAACAUUCCAGGCUUGUACCGCUGCCAGAGGGAGAUCAGCUGUGGUACAGGCUAUGAGCUCACUGACAGCAACAGCUGCAAAGAUAUUGAUGAGUGUGAGACAGGCACUCAUAACUGUCCUGUGGAUUUUGAGUGCCAGAACACGCCAGGGUCAUUCCGCUGCCGACCCAAGAUGAAAUGCUCUAUGGGAUUCAUACAGGAUGCCCUGGGCAGCUGCAUUGAUAUCAAUGAAUGUCUGACUCUGGCAGCACCAUGUCCAACUGGCCAGAUGUGUUUGAACUCUGUUGGCUCAUACACAUGCCAGAGGAACUCUGUUAACUGUGGCCGGGGCUACCACCUUAAUACUGAGGGCACACGUUGUGUGGAUAUUGAUGAGUGUACUAGUAUGGAUGAUGUGUGUGCUGGUCACAGCUGUGUCAACCUUGUGGGUUCUUACCGCUGUGAAUGCAGAACUGGUUUUAUCUUUAAUAGCAUCACCAGGACCUGUGAGGAUAUUAAUGAAUGCCGGCACUAUCCUGGUCGCCUGUGUGCACAUAAAUGUGACAAUAUUCUAGGGUCCUACAAGUGCAGCUGCACCACAGGCUUCAAGUUAGCCUCUGAUGGCAGGAACUGUGAUGACCUCAAUGAGUGUGAGAGCAAUCCCUGCAGUCAAGAGUGUGCCAACGUUUAUGGCUCCUACCAGUGCUACUGCCGCCGAGGCUUCCAGCUGAGUGAUGUAGAUGGAUCUACGUGUGAAGACAUUGACGAGUGUGCUUUGCCCACUGGAGGACACAUCUGUUCCUACCGUUGCCACAACACACCAGGCAGCUUCCACUGCACAUGCCCUGCUAAAGGCUACACACUUGCACCUAAUGGACGCAGCUGCCAGGACAUCGAUGAGUGCGUGACAGGGACACACACUUGCUCAGAGACAGAGAGUUGCUUUAACGUUCAAGGAGGAUUCAGAUGCCUGAAUUUCGAAUGUCCCGUCAACUACAGGCGCUCCAGUGAAACUCGCUGUGAACGCUUGCCUUGCAAUGAGAAUAGUGAAUGCCUGGCCUUGCCUGUGAGAAUAACCUACUACCACCUCACUUUUCCCACCAACAUCCCUGUAUCCACCACCAUCUUCCGCAUGGGCCCCUCCAACACUGUGCUUGGGGACAACCUGCAGGUGGCCAUAGUGGACGGAAACCAAGCAGGCUACUUUGAGGCACAGAGGCUAGAAAACGGAGGUGUCAUUGUCAUUCAGAAGCCGAUUAAUGUGCCACAGGACUUUGAAAUCUUACUGGAAAUGAAACUGUGGCGCUUCGGGAGUCUCAGCACCUACAUUUCCAAAAUACGGGUGUUUGUAACUGAAGAAGACCUUAGCAAUUCAGUCAUUUCUCAUGAUGAUUAAUUGAUUAGUAAUCCUUAGCAAACUUUCUUAAUUCUGCCCAGAAAUGAUUACAGUGAGAAAUUAUACAAUUGUAAUGAAAUAGCAAUUAUGCAUUAGUUUUUCUAUGAUUGCAGAUGAUUUGCUAGUAAACAUGUUUGCUGGUACUGUUAUGAGUAAACUUAAUCACCAGUAGCAGCCAUGGUUUCUUCAGGUCUGGUUAAAUACUUGAUAUUGGUUUUUUACAUAGAUUUUUGAUAUUUAUGUUAUGUACAAGUAAGGAGUGCAUGGUUUUAGAAUUGGGAUCAUAAUCUUAAUUACUAUCAGUUUUAUGGGUAUAUGUCAUAUGGGGCUUACUUGGAAGUACCUUUAGUUCAUUAUGUAUCUGUAAUACCUUUAUAUGUUUUGUUCGUUAUCUUGAUCUUGAUCUUAUGAGAGACACCUUGCAUUCAGUUUAGUCCAUUUCUUCUUUUAAAAAAUAUGUUAUAACAUAGUUAGAAAAAAAAGUAUAUUUCUUAAAAAACAUUUUACAAUUAUUAUCACCCACAGAAAUUAGAACUGAAAAUAAAUUCCAUUUGUAAAAGUUUUUUCCCCCUUCAUAGUAGUAGUAGAGAAUAGUAGAGCUUCUCUCUAAGAGUAGAAAAUCUGUGUCUUGGCCUGUCCGGUGCUGUAAGUGAAUAUUUUAAGAGCAGUCUUGUUUAAAAGCUCGACAAUGUCAGUAAAUUAGAAUUCGGUUCUCUUUGUGUUUAUAAUUUGAAGCCACUAGAUGGAGCUUUUGGAAAAACAAAGCUAUCCGGUGUCAUCCAUUCAUAAGGAGAUGUCAAACUUUUUUCUCUUUUUUUUUGUUGGUCUGUUUUCUAUUUUCUUUCUACAACAUCAUAAUAAAAUGAAAGCGUGUAAGUGA